AUGGGCGCCGUGAGCAAGUUUCCGUACCCCAAGCACACGUGGUCGCCGGCCGGUGGCUGGUGGAACGAGCCGAAGAACUGGAAGACGCGCACGGGCGUCCUCGUCGGCGUGCUCGGCCUCCUCAUCGUGCCCAUGGCCUCGUUCGCCACCAAGCACAAGACGACCUACAGCCACCUCCCGGCCACGCAAGAAGACGUCCGCCGCAGCGUCGACAAUGGCGCUAGCCCAACCGUCUCCAACGUGGCCUGCGUGGCGACCAUAUCCUAG